GGUCGAUCAGGGCCCCCAUACCGUAAUACCAGAACCAAAACACCCUCGGACUCUAAAUGUGUCUCACUCGGUGAACGUUCAUUCGAAUGCCGACAUCACAGUUUGUAGUAGUGCGUUCCGUCCGGUGGGUAACAUCCGUAUUUACGAAAAUAUGACGGCGCAAGCUGACCGCGGUGUCCCGUUCAGUACACUUUGCCCAAAGUUUCUUCACUCAAAUUCUACCAGCCACACCUGGCCCUUCAGCGCUAUAGCUGAGCUUAUAGACAAUGCCUAUGAUCCAGAUGUCAAUGCCAAACAGUGCUGGAUCAAUAAGACUGUGGUCCAAAAAAAGGACUGCUUUAGCUUUAUGGAUAACGGAAAUGGACUGGACAAUGAGAAAAUGCAUAAGAUGCUCAGCUUUGGGUACAGUGACAAGACUCCUGUAAAGGGUGUAAAGCCGAUUGGUAUGUACGGCAACGGUUUCAAGUCUGGAGCCAUGCGCCUCGGCAAAGACGCCAUCGUGUUUUCGAAGUCAGACAGUUUGUCCUGCGUUGGAAUGCUCUCUCAGACCUACCUGGAAGAGAUUGGUGCUAAUCAAAUAAUUGUUCCCAUUGUGUGCUUUGAACAGAAAAAAAAAAACAAGUUCAGUGUAAGGGAAGAACACAAGAAGAGUCUUCAGGACAUUCUGGACUAUUCCCCAUUCAAGAAACAGGAAGAUAUUCUGGCUGAGAUCGAUGCCAUCAGUUCCCAUGGGUCCAAAACUGGCACACGGAUCAUCAUCUGGAAUCUACGCAGUUCAUCCAGUGGAACAACAGAGUUUGAUGUUGAGAGUGACCGCUACGAUAUCCGAAUACCAUCUGAACUGUACAAGACAAUGACGGACACUUCUCUACAACAUGACAGGCUCACGUCAAACGUCCCCGAGAGUUUUUACUCACUGCGGGCAUAUUGCAGUAUCCUCUACUUAAAGCCUCGGAUGCAGAUCAUCAUACGGGGUCAAAAGGUGAAAUCUCAGCUCAUUGCUAAGACUCUGGCCUACGUCAAAAAGGACCACUACAAGCCCACAAACCUGAACAAACGCAUUCCCAUCACUUUUGGCUACAACACCAAAAGUAAAGACCAGUAUGGCAUUAUGAUGUAUCACAAGAAUCGGCUGAUCAAAGCCUAUGAGCGUGUAGGCUGCCAGCAGAAGGCCAACAGCAAAGGUGUUGGGGUCAUUGGGAUCAUAGAGUGUUACUUUCUGGAACCUACUCACAACAAACAGAGCUUUAAUGAGACAGACAUAUACAGGAAGACAAUGAACAACUUGGGGACCAAACUAGAGGAGUACUGGAAAGAAGUUAACUACAGAAGAAAGCAAGAGAAUCCAAACAGCACCAUACCCAUGGAAGAUACCACUAAGCGACCAGAUCAAAACUGGGUGCAGUGUGAUGAGUGUUUGCACUGGCGCAAACUACCUGAUGGGAUCGACUGCGACAACCUGCCAGAGAAGUGGUACUGCCGUUUGAACCCGGAUCCUCAGUUCAGGACCUGCCAGGCAGAACAGGAGCCUGUGGACUCAGACAACGAACUGCAACCUUCGUACUGCAAGACAUACAAACAAAAAGAAAAGGAGGACAGAAAGAUUCAAGAGAAAAAGGCUGAGGAGGCACAAAAGCGGGAGGACGAUCUGCGUGUGGCUCAACUCAUGAAAAAGGCCCAAAGAUCGCCGCAGGCUGUCGCUUCCCCCUCCACACCCACUACCCCAAAGAGUAGGUUUGCCCACAUGUCGUCCCAAGGAGGGGUUGCGAGAGCUCUAUCCACUCAACUGAGGUCUUCCCCCUUUUCACAAGCUGCUCGCAGCCCUUCAGGUACGGCUGAUCAUCCAUAUAUAUCCAAUGUAUGCUCACUGGCAAAACCCUUCCUGAGCAGGGGGAAAAGAUCCCUGCCUGCUUCUCCACAAACAACGCCCAAAAGACCGAGAGAGAAUGACUUGCGUCAGGGCAAAUUAGACACAUCACCAACAGUGAAUGUGAGCCCGUGGAGAUCAUCAUCAGUUCUCGAUGAUAAUGAAAAAGAUGAUGAUGACCUUUGCAUCGUGGAGACGGCCAUUACCCCCAAGCCAACUAAACUUCCCGUUGACUUGAUUAAAGUGGAGAUAAAGGCAGAGCAAAGUGAUGCAGACGUGGGCAUGCUGAUAGAGUUCAGCAAUGAUGCUACUUUGGAUAACGGCCUAGAGAUAAAUGCUGUGGGAACAAGCUCUACAGCUGUGGGAACCAGUUCCUCCACAGCACUCCCUCCAGAGGUGUCCAGCAGCACCACCCAAACAGAUGUAUGCAAAGUAAAGAAGGAAGAAACAGACCAAAUUCAAAUUGAAUGGGGGGAGAGAGUGGGGCUGAGUACAUCUACUAAGAGUGAUGUAACACAUCCUUCAGGUGUGACUGGAGGUGUCGGCAGUGUCAAGGUGUUUGAGGUACAGGGACAACAGGACCAGCUUAUGCAGGAAACCGCUCAGGAGAGAGAUUCCUAUAAAGAGCAGGUGCAGACACUCACCUGCCAACUGCAAGACGCGCAGAGCAGACUGCAGGAGCUGUUGCAGAUCAGUGUAAAGGAGCGCUCUAACCAGGCCUGCCAGACGGAGGAUAAUGAGGAGAAGGACUACAAAGGUCUGUUUGAUAAGGCCAAACAGAAAGUGGAAGAACUUAUUAAGGAAAAGGUUUUACUGGAAGCCACCAAACUCAGUACAGACCAAUGUGACAAAAAUGAAAUUGACGAGAUAGCAAUGCAAGUGGACGGUCUGAUGCGGCAGCUGGAUAAAAAAGACAAGGAGAGUGAAGAACUGCGCUCACUGUUGACCAGUCUGGAAGAGGAAAAGGCAAACCUGGCAUCCCAGUGUGAGGAACUCAGGUUGAACCUGCAGCAGGAGAGGGAAAACGCACAAGAGAAAAGUAGAAUUCAAAACAGUGUCACUGAUUCUACUGUACAAACAGAUCCAGAGGAGGCAGGAGAGGCAUCUACCUCUGGCACAGGCUCAAGCUCGGAGACAUCCAGAAGUUUGAUUGAGCUGAGGCACAACAUCGGGCGCCUUCUCCUCUCCUACGUGCCUGGUUUGGAACUGGACCAGGUCAAUUACGAGUGCAAUGUCAUUGAUGAGAUCCUAGAACAGCUUCUCUAUAGUGGGGUGUCUGUUGUCUCAAGAGACGGAGCAACAAAUUAAUAAACAAAUCAUCAGGUCUUUGAAUUAAGUACCACACUCCACCUGUAAAUAAAAAAAUAGUGGGGGAAAUUCAGUUAUAUUUAUUUAAAGGGUUAUAGAUGUCAUUUUUACAGUUUCUAUUAGAUGAUAAUGAAUUUCACAGUAUGCGAUGCUUAGCAAUAUUAUUAUCUUAUUAAAUCAAUAUAAUAAAUACAAUCAGAAAACAAUAAUGCAUUUAGUAAUAAGCCAUUCACUUUGUUCUUAAGUUUCUGUGUAAAAUCAUUGAAUUUGACUGUUCCUGAUUUUGUUUUAAAUAAUAGCAGGCUUG